AUGUCUGAAUUAUCUCCAAAUCAUGAAAAUGCAAACAACGAAGAGGAGGGCUUUGAUGUUUUCAAUUACUCUGAUGAUGAAGAACAUGAUCAUGAUGGCAAUGUAGAGGAAUCAUCAUCUCCUUCAAAGGCAGUCGUGAACAAUCAGCGACCUCCUUCCAAUAAGAGCUCAAAAAUUCUUCCUCAAUUCUCUUCACGACCACAAACCAACUCUCAAGUAACGUAUAUGGAAAAGUAUGAAGUUGAAAAAACCGACUACAACAAUGAAAACGUACUUGUAGAUGAUCGGGUUAGGGUUCUUGUAAAUAAUCAAAAGAAUAAUCAACAGCCAUCUUCUUCGGCAAUCAACGAAUCUUUCGGAGAGUCCUUUGACGAUUCUUUUCAAGAAGAGAACAAAGAAGAACAUGAGGAGGAAGAUAAACAUCCAACAAUAGACAUUUCUGUUGACUCUUCAGACAGUCAACAAGUUCAAGAUUUGAAGAAGAGAAUCAAACAUGACGAGAAAAUAAUCACCAAACUGAAAAAAUCUAACCAAAAUUUAAAAGAACAAUUGUUCCAAUUAAACCAAAUCGUUGAUGAACAGCUGAUUCAAAAAGGAGUAAAUCUACCAAAGCCCAAACCUACUGUAAAGACUGUCUUGGUAGGAAAUGAACAAGAACUUAAGGUACUGCGAAAACAACACGAAAUAGACAAGAAAACCAUUGAAAGAUUGCACAAACAAUUGUUUAGCGAAGGAAACCCCGAGAGAAUUAAAGCUUUGGAGAAUAAGGUCAAGGAAUUGAAACAACAAUUAGAUGAGGUCAGAGAAGAAAAUAAGGGCUUAAAAGUAAUACAAAGAGAGCAAAGCAAGGCUCUUGAAAACACCGGAGUUCAAGAUAAAGCCAUGGAUUUAAUGAAGAAUGAAUCCAAGUUUCUAAAUGGCAAAAUUGAAAAGCUGAAAGAGAAAUGUAAAGAACUUGAAGAGCAAGUGAAUCAAAAGAACAAAAUGCUAUCAGUCCAUGAACAAAAGGCCAAAAAUCUUGAAUCCAUUCUACGACGAAAGAAUUUAAGUGAGGAUGGGGUCGCUAAAAUUGAUGAACUCUCCAAACAAGUGGAAGACCUGAACCAAAUGAACGAAAAACUUUCUAAAGAGGUUGUAGUUUUAAAGCGAGCAAGAGAAACUAUUGAAAAGAAAGCGAAAAUGAUUGCCUACCAAUCGAAGCAAGAAGUGAAAAAGUUUUCUCAGGAAAAUACAGAAUUACGAAGCAUUUUGGAAAAGAGAGACAAGGACAUUAGGAGCGUCAAUAUGAUCCUUAAACAAAACAAAUUAGAUCAGCACAUGAUUAAUGUGAGUCCAAUCCCAACACCAACAAACAGCUCUUCCUCACCUGCUGGAGGAGAUUCAAACAUGUUUGCAACAGCAACACCUAUUACAUCAUCCAAUGCUCCAGGUAGUUCUUCGUCGAGUACAAGCAAUAAGAAGAGUGUGAGUAGUCCAAGUCAACCAAAGCAAGUUACGAAAACGUCAAAAGCCUCUACCACGAUAACAGAGCCCAAGAAGGGUGUAACCAAGAAGAACAACAUCCAAACCUUGGGAGAGAAUAGGAAAGUAUCAACUCCCCAGCCAUCAACCGAUGCCAUACAGGAACAGCCCAAUCCAAUAACAACAGUCGAAGAAGAUGUUGGUGAUCUGGAUGACUUUGAUGAUUUUGAAAAUGAAAUCGAGGAUACAAAUCAAGCCGGGUUUGAGCAGGAAACAAAACUCAACGAAGAUGCCAAUAUCUUUGCUCCUUCUUUUUAA